AUUUGAAGUGGUGGGUUUCAGAUAUUAAACUGAUCCAAGACCAUACUCUAUACAAAAAAGAAUAUUUUGAUAAAAGUACACCAAUCUAUUGAUGAAUAAUUUUGGUACAUUUUGAAUUCUUUUAAAGACUUCAAUAGAGUAGAUUACGUAAUUAAAACAGUCAACAAUACAUCAAGACCAUACAACUGAAAAUGAAAAUGGUAUCAUGGUUCUUGGUGACAGCUUUAUGUUUGUUGUUUGCUGGUGGUCAUAUAGUUUCAUCAGAAACAACUACUGUUGAAGACUUUAUGACAACAGAUUCAGAACUCCACACUACAAAUUCAGUUAAUGUGAUCAAUCCACUGUUGAAUUUAGGAAACAUAUUUCAGCUUCUAACAUCUAUGUUUGAUGGUAGUAACAACGGUUCGACUGUGGAUCUGGGACGAAUAUUUCAACAACUAAUACCUAUGUUAAAUGGGGCUAAUAACGAUUCAACCACUAAUUUUGGAGGCUUAUUUCAACAGCUGAUGCCCUUGUUUAAUGGUAAUGGCGGAACUUCCGGAAUCUCAAAUCUGAUUAAUAUUUUAUCAAGUCAGAUCAUUGGAAAUCUUGAUAAAUGUUCUCAAGAUGGUGCGGAACUACUGAAAGAUCUUACAACAUUUAAAAUGUGGGCAUUACAGAUGAUAGAUGCUAGUGGAAAACCAUCUAGAAAUUUAUUACAAGGAAACAAUAUAUGGUUUGGUAGUUAUGAUGAUUGUUUAAAAAUACAUCAUACAGUUCCUGAUAAUACUGGACAUGUUAUAGAUGGGGCUUACGCUAGAAUAAAUAUCAAGUUACCUCCUAAUGUUACUGCAAUGUUUAAAGCGGGAAUAGGGGUCUUGGGCGGAUUAUCUGUAGGCAUAAGAUGGGAUCUUUGUGUUCCUAAAUCAUGUUCCAGUGACCAAAUUAAAUCUAUGUUAAAUAUCAGACAACUAAGAUCCUUGGGUUUGACAGUGGCAUCCGUUGAUUUCGUUGGUCCGAAAUCUCUUGAAGGUGAUACAGCAGCUUACGUUUCUAUAGCAAUUCUAGGUUGUUUUGUAUUGUUGUGUAUAAUUGGUACAAUAUGGGAUGUCAUACAAGACAGAUAUACCAUAAUAUCCAAGGCUUCAGAAUAUUCUCAUGACAACGGUGGCUCUAAGCAAAAUGGUGUCAUUUUGAAUGAAAUUACGAUUACCAGCGACAAAGCUCAAUUUUGUAACGGUGGUGAAUCGAACGAAAAACAAGGAUUAGAUAACCCUUCGUUUACAACAGAUGACCAAUCUCAAUCGAAUGGAAUAUCAAUACCAAAUGGUACAUCACAAUCAAAUGGUAUAUCACAACCAAAUGGUACAUCACAAUCAAAUGGUAUAUCACAAUUAAAUGGUAUAUCGGAAUCGAAUUGUAUAGCAAACGCCGAAGAAAAAUCUGCAUCAAAUCCAAAACCACAAAAAUCAACCUUAUCAAGAAUAUUUCUGGCUUUCUCUGUUCGUGAAAAUGGUAGAAAAUUAUUAAACUGUUCUACACCUCCUGGUUCUCUUGGUUGUUUAAAUGGUAUACGUGUAUUAAGUAUGGCCUGGGUUAUCCUUGGUCAUUUUAUUCUUAUUCUUAUCAAUCAGAUUGAAAAUAAAAAAGACAUAUGGACCAUGUCCAAGACGUUCUGGUUUCAAGUUAUUCUUAAUGGUACGCUCUCGGUUGAUUCAUUCUUCUUUUUGAGUGGUCUGCUUGUAUCAUAUCUUUUUAUAAGAGAAGUACAGAAAAUUGGAAAAGUCUCCAUAAAACAAAUGGGCUUAUUUUACUUUCAUCGAUAUUGGAGUUUUGAUAAUCACAAUUUUAAUAUGGUUUCUUGGUGUGCUUCAAUAUUUUCAUUUUUUCAGUGUAUGUCAUGGAGUUGGUAUUUAGCCAAUGAUAUGCAAUUCUAUAUAGUUAGUCCUUUGGCUAUUGUUCCUCUAGCUCUUGGAUAUCGUGUUAUUGGGUUGUUGGUUAUAUUUGGUAUGGUUGCUGGGCAAAUUGUAGCUGGUGGUUAUGUUGGGUGGGAUAUCGGUGAUCCCGGUCUGUUUACCACCAAUGCUGGACGAUUUUUUGAUGAAUUGUAUAUAAAACCAUAUGUAAGAAUGGGGGUGUAUGCUAUUGGCUUAUUAUUGGGUUAUAUCAUUAACAGAACUAAAGGCAAACUGCAUAUUCCUGGGAUAGUAUUGUUUUUGGGAACACUAGUAGCAGUAACUGCAGGUGUAUUAGUAAACUACCUGACAUAUGAUCAGUUUAUUGGAGAUCAUACACCUUGGGAAUCUGAUUCUAAUAUCGCCUUCCAAACAUUAUUUAGACCGGUCUGGGCCCUAGCACUGUUCUGGCUAGUAUUUGUUUGUGUACAUGGAUAUGGCGGUUUUGUGAAUACAAUAUUAUCAUGGGAAGCCUGGAUACCACUUUCUAGAUUAACAUAUGCAGCUUAUUUAAUUCAUUUGAUUGUAAUGACAUCAUUUAGUGAAAAUAUGAGAGGAUAUGGAUAUCUGACAGGGUUUUAUAUAAUGAACAACUAUAUUGGUAUAUUUGCUAUAACUUAUGCUGCUAGUUUUAUUAUCUCGGUAGUAGUUGAAGCACCAUUCUUAGCUCUAGAGAAGGUGAUGUUUAAACGAUGAUUGGAUAUAUGAUGGAAUCUUGUACCUAGAAUAAAUGAAUUUCUUCAAAUAGCAUCAUCUGUGAUAUGAUCAUUUCUUAUCAAUAAACUAUGUUUCUUUGUAAUAAAACUUUUGAUAUUU